CGCCAGCCCAAACCAAACGAUAAGAGCACCCCUACUCUGAACCAACCACUACCACUACCCUUGGGAGUUCCCGCUACUCUAUCCCCCCCCCCCUGCGCCUCUCCCCCAGCGCCAUUGUGCGCCAGUCUUCCUCCGCCUUCCGCACUCUGCUCGUUAGACUCCCCCAGCUUUCCAGACGCCUCUAGCCGAAGCGGUUAGGCAUGGACUCCGCGCCUCCCGCGUCCGCCUUGCGAAUCGCUGGACGAGAUUAGAACCAAGUGACUUUUGAGUCGACUCAAAGGUUACGAGACGCACGCUUCCAGUGAUGGACUCCGCGCCUCCCGCUUCCGCCUUCGGCGUUGCUGGUUAGAGUUCGAGUUGCUACACGCACCUUCCCGUUAUGGACUCCGCGCCCUCCCGGCGCUUCCGCGCAACCCCCUCCGCGGACUGCUGAAUCCUCCCAGAACCCGCCCCCUCCGCCGCUCCCCUUCCACCUGUGGCGGCGCCGCCUGCAACGCCGCGUGCGGUCCGCAUUCUCCGCCGCGUCUGGCGCGCGGGGGAAGUGGGACACCGCCUCGGCGGAGGGGCUGCGCGCGGCGACAGCUGUCGUCAACCGAUUGGUGCAGCUGAAGCAGCUACCGGGCAAGGAUGUGGGGGCACUGGGAGGCAUGGGAGGGCUCAUUGAAACGGCGGCAGAGAAGAUCGCUCGCCUCAUGGAGGAGGAUCUAUCAGCGCUGCACCGCAGCUUGAAUGACCUUAUUGCAGCUGUCGACUCUCUCCGCCCUGCCCUGCUGCCCAUCUGCCAUCCCCCCCACAUGCCGCCUUCCCCUGAAUCACCUAAAUCAACGGCCCUCUGUUCAGAAGAAACUAAGUCAGCACCAGUGCCAUCACCAGCACCAACACCAGCACCAUCACCAUCACAAUUUAGAUCCGCGUCAGCAACUUCAGUGUCCUCCUCCCCAUCAGCUGCCGUGUGGGACGAAAAUGAGGCGUGGCAGGAGAGCCGAAUGUACCCUGAUGAAGCCAUCUUCUCCACCCUGCCGUUCACAGCCUUUGAGAGUUGGGCUCUGGGCAUUGCAGGCAUGUUUCGGAGGGAGUUGAUGGUGAAGCGCCUCAUUGUCGCUUCUCUCACUGCAGCAGUCAGCCUUCACACCUCCAGUACACACACCACCAGUACACACACCACCACUGGCAUCACCACCUGCCGUGGUCCUCUUAACAUCCCUGCACUCGUCUUGCCAUGCACCGGCUCGCAACCUGCUGCUGUGCCUCCUUCUGAAGUUGCUGCUCACCCUGCGGCUGCUGCUGACCCAGCGGUUGCUGCAAUACAAACAACUGGUGUUGUCACGGAGCAAGGAGCGAGCGCAGGUGGAUGCAGAAUUGGAGCAGCAGAAGCAGAUAGCGGUGUAUCAACAUCACAGGCAGCCGCAACAAGAGAGACUGCAGCAGCAGCAACAGAAGCAGCACCGAGAGAAGCAGCAGGAUGUCCAUGUGGAGAGGAUAUUGUGAUUGGCGGAGAGAGGGAGGGAAGAGGGCACGAGAAACAUGUAAAUGGGGGAAAUGCCAUGUUGGAAGCGCAUAUGGGAGGGGGGGGGCAUGGGUGGGGAGAGGGGUUUGGGUUGGCCAAGGGAUGUGAGUGGGCAGUGGCGCAGCAGCAGCUGCAGCGGUCAGGAAUGCUUGACUGCUCGCCCACGCCACAGCAGCUACAGGUGUGCCUGGUGGCGUGGCUUGUGGAGGUGCACGUUGAAUCGAGGCACCUCUCUACCAUCUUCGCUGCUGUAGACGACGAAGUGAAAAGCACAGCAGUAUAAGAGAUUACGGGCCGACUAGUUACGGUACUCCAACAGGUUACAGCACCCUGCUUGCUUUCUUUCUACUAGUUGUGUUACAUACAGAACCAGUGAUGCUUCACUUCACUUUGUUCAUAAAAACCUGCUGAAUGUUUUACUGUAUCCAUCAAGG